AUGACUACUACGUUAAAUGAAGUAAAAAACCGUUCUUUUAAAAGUAUAUUUCAAGCUAUACGUUCGUAUUUAAUUAAUUCUAUUCGCCAAUUAAAUUUUUAUUCUGAUGAUCCAUUUUGGUCAUCAACAUUAACAUAUUCUCAACAAAUAAUUAAUACUCGUUUAUUUCUUAUAUUUAUUUCAAUAUCACUUUCUAUUGUUAUUAUUUAUUCAAGUUUAAUUAAUGUAACAAAUAAUGUAACUCUAAACGAAUUUUCUAUAAACGAUUUUGAACGACUUGAAUAUCUUUAUCCUAAUACAAUAAAUGCUUUAUGUAGUCAUGAAUCAAUUCCAUAUGAAAAAUUUCUUUAUUUAUCUCCUAUAUUUCAUCAAAUAUGUUCAAGUUCAUUUAUUGAAACUAAAUGGAUAUCAUCAUUAUUUUUGUUUAAUGCAACAUCUCAUAAUAUAUUAGAUUAUCGUACAUAUGGAUUUGCUCAAUAUCGUUCGCUUAGUUUACUAUGUAAUAUAUCACGUCAAUCAGUAAAAGAUACUCAUCGUACAUUUAAUUCUACUCAUUUUGUCAAUCAUGAUGUUUUAUCAAGAAAUCAAUUUAAUGAAAUAUCAUUUGUUCUUUUGAAUAAUUUUCAAAAAAAUAUUUUAUUCAAUGAAAAACAAACUGGACAAAUAAUAUCAAUGAUGACAGCAUAUAAUCAAUUAUGGUCAGCUCUACGUACAAAUUAUUAUGUUCGAUCUAUACCUGGUUCACGAUUGUAUAAUACAUAUAGUAGAAUUUAUUUAGUAGAUAAUCAAACAGAAGAUUCCAGUUGUGAAUGUAGAUCAAAAGGAAAUCAAUGUAUUUAUCCAGCUGGAGCUUUUUAUAAUUGGACUUCAUUUGAAUUAGAUAUGCCGGAAAAAAAUUAUCCACCACCUCGAUUUCAAAUUCCUGGACUAAUGGCUGGAUGUACUCCACUUGAUUCGAUACGUCAAUCAACUUUGGAAUGUUUAUAUAAUCAAACUUGUAUAAAUGCGAUAUCACUUCAACCAGAAAUAUCUCACCCACAAGCUUUAAAUAGAUCAUUAACACGAUUUUUAUUAAAUGCUACAAUUGGUUCAAUAUUUGAUGAAGCAUUAUUUGUUGAAUCUUGGCAAGAUAAAUCGAAUUAUGAAAAUUAUUUCUCUGCUUGUGCACCUCAAUCUUUAUCUUAUAGUUAUGAAAAACGAUUUCAUUUCAGAACAAUUCUUACAUUAAGUCUUAGUGCUUUUAGUGGUCUUGUCAUUGUAUGGAAAUUAAUAACGCCAAUGUUUCUUAAAAUUUUUCAUUUUAUUAAACGAAAACAACAAACUUCGAUAGAAUUACAAACGAUACCAGUGAAUUCAGAAACAGUAAAUAUAGUUGUAAAAACUCGUAUUUAUCGAAAAAUUCAUAAUUUUAAUUUAUUUCCCUCCGAUGAUAAAAACGAUAUAGAAGAAGAACGUAUUGGUAUAAUAACAACACGUCUUUAUAUAUUUUUAAUCUGUAUUAGUCUUAUAAUUCUUGGUUUUUAUACCAAUUUAUCUAAAAAAGACCAAAUAAAUAUUAUUAAAAAUCCAUCAAUGGAAAAAUUUGAAGAAUUAAAUUUGAAAUAUUCUACAAAAUUAAAUUGUCCUUGUUCACGUUUUUCAAUGUCAUACAAUCGUAUAAUAUCACUUUCAACUCGGUAUCAUUCUAUAUGUAAAAGUGAAUUUUUAAAGGAUUAUUGGUUAUCUUAUUUUAGUCAAAAAAAUAUUCAAUUUAUGUCAACUGAUAUUCGAACAAGUGGAUUAGCAUUUUUUAAUUUAAUUAAAAUUCUAUGUAAAACAUCUGAAGAAACAAUUGAAAAUGCAAUAACGAUAUUUCGAACAAAUCGUUUAAUUACAAUGAAUACAUUAUCAUAUGAACAAUUUUCUACUGAAAUUCAAACACGUUUGAAAUUUUUUCAACAACAAACUAUUUCUUCAUUUCUUCAUUUAAUUCAAUUAAUACGUUCAACUAUACAAAUAAAUCAAUUAGUGGAAGAAAUGUAUACAAAUGUUGGACAUGUAUCAAAAUAUAAUAAUGAUACAUCAACAUGGUUAAUUCGUUAUAAACCACGAAGUUUUUAUACAAAUAAUUGUUCAUGUCUUUUAUCCAAUGAAUGUACUCGUCUUGUUGGUUUUUAUUAUAAAUUAGAAAAUCGUACUAGUAUUGAACCUAAUAUAUCUAUUCCUGGUUUAGUUCUUGGUUGUUAUGCUAUUGAUUCAGUUUUAUUAUCAACUUUAGAAUGUUUUUAUGAGAAAAAAUGUAUCAAAAUUCUUAUUGAUAAUUAUGAUUUUGAUGCUAUUGGUUUAGUUCAACCAUUAGAUAAUCGUACUAAACGAAUUCAACCACUUUCACGAAAACAAACUCGUUUUUAUCCUAAAAUAACAAUCAAUGAAAUAUUUUCUCAAUUAUUUGUUGAAGAAUGGUUUAAUUCAACUAAUUAUACUUCAUACUAUACACGAUGUAAACCUUUACAAUGUACUUAUACUGUACGAAAAAAUUUUAAUAUUGCUUAUAUGUUAGCUAUUAUGCUUGGAUUUUAUGGAGGAUUAAGUGUUAUUUUAGAUAUUAUUCUCUAUCCAAUGGUUAAAUUUGUUAUUAAACGAUCGACAAAACAAAAUCCUACAAAUAUGAUUACAACCGAUGCAUCAAUGGAAUCUUCUACAGAAAGAACUACUCAUUCGAUAUAUCAAAAAAUUUUAACAAUGAAUUUCUUUAAAAAUAAUUCAUCAUCAAAUGAAAAAGAAUUUGAAUAUGAAGAAAUUUGUGCAACUCGUAUUUAUGUAUUAUUUCUUUUAUUGAGUGUGAUGAUUAUUCUUCUAUAUUCUGGUCCAUUUAAUGAUGAAAAACAACCUAUAAAAAUAGAUAAUCCAUCAAUAGAUUUAAUUAAUGAUCUUUAUAAACAAAAUUAUUCAAGUCUGACAUGUCCUUGUUCAAAAGUUGCAAUUAAUUAUUCGAAAUUUUUAUCAAUUAAAUUUAAAUUUCAUCCAAUAUGUUCAAAAGAAUUUCUAUCUUUAGAUUAUCGAAAAAAUUUAUUAGAAAAUAACGAAUCUUCAGAAUUAAUAACUCAUUAUCGAAUAUUAUCAUCACUUUGUCAUCUAUCGAAAGAAUUUCUCAAUAAUGCUAAAUAUGUAUUUGAUAAUCAGGAAUAUACAACGGUUGAAUUAUCAACAAAAUCUUUAUUUAAUAUUGAAAUAAAAUCUUUUCUUUUAAAUUUUAUUCAUCAAACAAAAUCAAAUUAUAAACGAACAUCAUCAUUUAUAAUGAAUUCAUUCCAUGUUAAUCAAUUAGUAAAUUUAUUUCUAAAUAACUGGAACAUUAGUUUUACAGAUCAAAAUCAAAAUUAUAUUAUAAAUACAUUUCCAAAUUAUUUUUCAUCAUCGAAUUGUACAUGUGCAAUAUCAUCUCAUUGUAAUAAACAAUUAACUAAUGAUAUUUAUAUUGGUUGUUUUCCUUAUAAUGGUUUUUAUUUAUCAAAAUAUGAAAAUAUUUCUUUAGGAAAAUUAAAUGAUCAAUUAUUUGUACAAAAAUGGAUUAAUCAAACAAAUUAUACAAAUUAUUUUCAAACAUGUCAACCAUUACAAUGUCAAUAUAUAUCAUCUAAUAAGAAUUAUAUUCUUUCUAUGUUUAUGAUACUUUUAGAAUUAUAUGGAGGUUUAACUUUUUGUCUAUAUUUUAUUAUUAAACAGUUUUUACUUGCUUAUCUAUGGUGGAUAAAAACAAAGAAAUAA